GCUCAAAAUGCCCAACAGCUCCAUGAGAGGAUCCAGUCUUCUAGUAUGGAUGCAAAGUUAGAAGCACUGAAAGACUUGGCCAACUACUCACGGGAUGUGACGUUUGCCCAGGAAUUCAUAAACCUGGAUGGCAUUUCCCUGCUAACACAAAUGGUUGAAAGCGGCACAGAACGAUAUCAGAAAUUGCAGAAGAUAAUGAAGCCCUGCUUUGGAGAUAUGUUGUCCUUUACACUGACUGCAUUUGUUGAGCUGAUGGAUCAUGGGAUUGUAUCGUGGGAUACAUUCUCUGUGGCGUUCAUUAAGAAGAUAGCAAGCUACGUGAACAAAUUUGCCUCGGACAUCUCUAUCUUGCAACGGUCACUAGCAAUCCUGGAAUCCAUGGUGCUCAACAGCCACGACUUGUAUCAGAAGGUGGCACAGGAGAUCACAAUUGGGCAGCUAAUCCCACAUCUGCAGGGGACAGACCAGGAAAUCCAGACGUACACCAUUGCAGUAAUAAAUGCGCUCUUCCUUAAAGCACCGGAUGACAAGAGGCAGGAAAUGGCAAACAUUUUGGCACAAAAGCAGCUUCGCUCCAUCAUCUUAACG